AUGCGGACACACCUGCUUCCUGGAGGUCUCCACUUCAUAGUGAACGUGUCCUGUAUGCCACAUACUGAGUGGAACAGAACCAGAGCGAAAAAUUGAAACAUUGGAGUUCAGAAAAAGAAGAGAUAUACGAUGUCAUUACCUGGAGAAUUCCUGUCAGAGGAUCAGUUCACCUGCUCUAUUUGCUUAGAUGUCUUCACCAAUCCUGUCUCCAUACCCUGCGGCCACAGCUUCUGCUCAUCAUGCAUCACGUCCUACUGGGAGGGCCAGGGCAAAAGCUGCUUCUGUCCUUUGUGCAAGGAAAGCUUCCGCAAGCGUCCUGAGCUCCACAUCAAUCACACACUUAAGGAGAUCACAGAGCAGUUUAAACGGAUGGCGGAGAUCACACUGAGUGCUCCUAGGAGUGCACCUGCAGAUUCGCAGUCCCUCCCUUUCACUGCACCGAAGCCUGCAGUGCAGCACAGGACAGUAGAGCUGCCCAGAGGCCUAUUGCCCGAGAUGAAGAGCCGCUUCCAAAGAACAUCAUCGAGUGAGCCGUUGGCAUCCCAUGAUGCUGUUUCUCUCCCUCCUGCCAAGGCACCUAAACCAAACUUUAGUGUGAGCGGAGCAGGUUCCAGUGGGCCACAGUGUCCCAGACAUGGGCAAAGUUUGGAGGUGUUCUGCAAGACUGACCAGACAUGUGUUUGCGUAACAUGUGCAGAAAGGGAACAUUACGGGCAUUCUGUGAUAGAUGCCAAGAGAGAGAUGAAUAUUAAGAAGUCCCAGCUGCGUAUCAUGGAGGCGGAGCUACAAGGAUUGAUCACAGUCAGAGAGAGGAAGAUAGAGGAGAUCCAGACUUCACUUGCAGUAAUUCAAGUGAAUGCAGAGCAAGAGAAAGCAGGUACUGUGGGUAUGUUUGCUGAUUUAAUGAAAGCUGUUGAGAAGUCCCAGGCUGAACUUCUGGAGGUGGUGGAGAUGGGACAGCGGGCGGCAGAACUUCGCUCUCAGGCCUUCAUACGUGAGCUGCAGACGGAGAUCUCUGAACUCAGAAAUAAAUGCGGCUCCCUCAGCCAGCUGUCCCAGUCCCAAGAUCAUGUUUCCUUCUUCAAGACGUAUCCAGCCUACUGUAGUGUACCUGUGACAAAGAGCUGGGAAGAAGUGGCCUUGACCCCUGACCCCACUGCUGGAGCGGUGCUGAGAAAUGUCACUCAGAUGGUGGAGGAGGUUCAGGAAGCCUUGAGGAGACUGUCAGCCAUCUGUUUGCGCCCUUCCACAGGAAAUCCACAGGAAAUAUAUCAACAGAAAGUGUGGUGUGUGCAGGAAUAUGCAAUGGACGUGACCCUAGAUCGAGACUCAGCCCAUCCGCGUCUGAUCAUCUCUGAGGAUGGUAAACAGGUGCACUGCAGUGACCGCUACCAGUUGGUACCAGACACAGCUGAACGGUUUGACCGUGUGGUGUGUGUACUUGGCCGCCAAGGCAUCAGCUCUGGCUGCCAUUACUGGGAGGUUGUGGUGGGUGAGAAGACAGACUGGGAUUUGGGCAUUGCUAGUAGCUCCAUCAACAGGAAAGGAAAAAUUGCCGCAAACCCAGCUAAUGGAUUUUGGUUUCUAAGUUUACGUGACAAGCAUGAGUACGUCUUUCGUACAGAACCAUCAAUGCCUAUAAUCGUACAAAUAAAACCACAGUGUGUCGGCGUGUAUGUGGACUAUGAAAAAGGACAAUUGUCCUUUUAUAAUGCAGAUACAAAGUCACUGAUAUUUACCUACAAAGACUUAUUUUCAGAGACUUUAUAUCCUUUUUUCAGCCCAUGCACCAACAAAUCUGGCAAAAAUGAAGCUCCCCUUAUCAUAUGUCCUGCCUAUCCAACUCACCCAAGCUGGCUGACUGAAAAAUGAAAUAUUGCUAAUAGGUUUCUUUACUUUAUUAUUUAAUUCCAAAUCAUGAAAAUGAAUAUGGUUUUCAUUUACAAUCCAUGUGAUCAUUUCAUUGGCUUAAUGAUUUUAUAUAUAUUCAACAAAACAUUAAACACUUAAUCCUUAUAGAGUAUUUGAUAUACCUAAAACAAUAAUAAGAUUUAUGAACUGCAAAUGAUUGCUAAGGCUUGAAAUUGAAAUUUGGGAUUCUUUGACAUUGAAUACAACAUUGGUUGGUGAUGGGAAUCUGAUUGUUAAAUUACCCAUUAGUAUUUAUCUUGACCAUGCAUGUAUUAUACGCAAAAUAUGUAAUAUUCAAAUAUGUGUUUUGUACGUUACAGUAAAGCAAAAAUAAACGUGUAUACAGGCGACUGCAUCUCUUCUAUGUUCUAUAUUGCAUAUGGGAUUAUGGUCCAAUAAGACAAACCAAGCCAAAAUACCUUUUAAAGUAAAGCAAGUUAUCCAAGUGCUGUGCGACUACUAUUAAUAAAUUUGUCUGUGUGUGUAA